AUGACUUUUGACUAUGACUUAAUCGUUAUUGGAGCGGGACCGGCUGGAAUAGCUGCUGCCAUUUACGCUCAAAGAGCUCUACUUAAAACUUUGAUUUUAGAAAAAUCUUUGCCAGGAGGUAAAUUAAAUAAGACUGAGGACGUGGAUAAUUAUCCUGGUUUUAUUUCAAUAAAAGGUCCGGAACUAGCAAUAAAAAUGACUGAACACGCUAAAUAUUACCAAAUUGAUUGGAAAGAAGAGGAAGUGAUUAAAUUAGAAAAAAAAGAAAAUGGAUUUCUAAUCAAAACCCAAACUGGGGAAAAUUUUCUGAGCAAAACAGUUAUUAUUGCCUCAGGUGCAGCUGAAAACAAGUUGAAAAUUGCUGGGGAAAAAGAAUUCACCAAUUGGGGGGUUUCCUACUGUGCAAUUUGUGAUGGCUUUCUGUUCCGAGAAGCAGCGGUAGUAGUAGUGGGCGGCGGCUAUUCAGCCUUAGAAACCGCUUUAUAUUUAACUAAUAUUGCCAGCAAAGUUUAUUUAGUUCACCGCCGGGAUAGUUUUCGGGCAGAAAAGGAAAUUAGCGACAAAGUAAAAAAUAACCCCAAAAUAAUUUUAAUUUUAAACUCGCAAUUGUUAGCAAUCGAAGGAAGGAAUGAAAAAGAAAAUAAGGUAGUAGAGAAAGUAAUCGUUCACCAACUGACAAAUAAUGAAAAGAAAGAAUUAUUAGUUAGAGCGGUUUUUCCUUGCGUUGGCCUUUCACCACUUAGCAAUUUCGCUCACGAAUUAGGUAUUUGCGACCGGCAAAAUUAUAUUUUCAUCAAUGAUGAUUGUUCUACUGCGGUUCCUGGAUUGUUUGCAGCUGGAGAUGUGGCUCGGAAUAACGAAAAGAAAAUUAAACAAAUCGUUACCGCUACUGCCGAAGGAGCUAUUGCCGCACAAUCAGUAAUUAAAUAUUUAGAAAAUUUUUAA